AUGUGGACUCUCCAUGAUGGCUUACCUAAGAAUGCUAAAACGAUUUGUAAUGAAACAGAUAUCUCACUGGAAAAUUUGGAAGUUUACCUUUGUUAUUUUUAUAUUCUUAGUAUUUUUGUUUUUGUUACAACGAGAAGUAGGAAUGCGGGAUUUUAAUGAGGAGCCAGAAAUACCAUCAAAAGAAGGAAAAAUAACUAAUGUACUUGGUUUAGUAUUAAAAGCUGUGAACAAUAUUAAACCUGCAAAGCCAAAAAUGCAGAUUAAAGCACCUAUUAGGCAAACUCCAAAUGCUGGACAGAAACCCUGUUUACAAGGAUUCUAUACAGGAGCAGAACUGAUGCCUCGCAUGGAUCGACCCCCUCAGGAUCCUAAUGCUCCAGGAGCUUCUGGUAAAGCAUACAAAGCUGUCAAUUUAAGUCCACAUGAGGAGAAGGAAAAGGAUCGUGGAUAUGAAAAACAUUGUUUUAAUGCCUUUGCAAGUGACAGGAUUUCUUUACAUCGGGAUCUAGGACCAGACACGCGACCACCAGAAUGUAUUGAGCAAAAGUUUAAACGCUGUCCUCCACUACCUACUACAAGUGUUAUCAUAGUUUUUCACAAUGAGGCGUGGUCUACUCUGCUAAGAACAGUACACAGUGUGAUAUAUACUUCCCCUGAAAUAUUACUGAAAGAAAUAAUUUUGGUGGACGAUGCCAGUGAAGAUGAAUACUUGAAGGAUAAAUUGGAUAAUUACGUGAAACAAUUCAACAAUUUAGUUAAAGUUGUCCGACAAAAUGAAAGAAAAGGACUCAUUGCUGCUCGAUUACUAGGUGCUUCAGUAGCAACUGGAGAAACCCUCACUUUUUUGGAUGCACACUGUGAAUGUUUUUAUGGCUGGCUAGAACCUCUGUUGGCCAGAAUAGCUGAAAACUAUACUUGUGUUGUAAGUCCUGAUAUUUCAGCUAUAGAUCUCAAUACAUUUGAAUUUCUGAAACCUUCUCCUUAUGGUCAAAGCCACAACAGAGGGAAUUUUGACUGGACUUUGUCAUUUGGAUGGGAAGCUCUUCCUGACCAUGAAAACAAAAGAAGAAAAGAUGAAACCUAUCCUAUUAAAACACCUACUUUUGCAGGAGGUCUCUUUUCAAUUUCGAAAGACUACUUUUACAAAAUUGGGAGCUACGAUGAAGAAAUGGAAAUAUGGGGAGGAGAAAAUAUCGAAAUGUCUUUCCGAAUAUGGCAGUGUGGAGGUCAGUUGGAAAUCAUUCCUUGCUCAGUUGUUGGCCAUGUAUUCCGUAGCAAGAGCCCUCAUACCUUUCCCAAAGGAACUCAAGUGAUUAUACGUAAUCAAGUUCGCCUUGCAGAAGUCUGGAUGGAUGAAUAUAAAUAUAUAUAUUACCGGCGAAACACAGAGGCAACAAAAAUUGUUAAACAAAAUUUGUUUGGUGACCUAUCAAAAAGACACGAAUUAAGGCAACAGUUACAGUGUAAAAACUUUUCGUGGUAUCUUAGCAAUGUUUUUCCUGAGGCAUAUGUACCUGACCUGAAUCCGCCGUUAUCUGGAUCUUUAAAAAAUAUUGGAAGAAGAGCAUGUCUGGAUGUUGGAGAAAAUAAUCAAGGUGGCAAACCAUUAAUUAUGUAUACUUGCCAUGGCCUUGGAGGAAACCAGUACUUUGAAUAUUCUGCACAUCAUGAAAUUAGACACAACCUCCAGAAGGAGCUCUGUCUACAUGCUUUUCAUGGAGCAGUGCAACUUCGUGAAUGUAACUACAAAGGAAAGAAGAGCAGAACCAGUGAAGAAGAAAAAUGGGAAAUUCGAAAGGACCAGUUGCUGUACAAUGCAGCAUUAAAUAUGUGUCUUACAGGAAACAGAGAACAUCCAAGCAUGGUAUCAUGUAACCCCUUAGACCUCUUUCAGAAAUGGAUUUUUGGCCAACACAAUUAAGCUGAUGUUUUAUGCACAGAAAUAGCUCCUUCAAAAUGAUAAUGAUUUAACUUAAAUUAUGCAGAAGCAGCUAAAAUAGAAAUUAUUGUUAAAUUAUUUUUAGCUAGCAAUAAAUCCAAAGAAUAGGUUUUUCAACUGUUACAAAUGUUUACAAAAUAUUGAAAUUGCCAGUAUAAAACCCUUUGUCUUUAAGAUGUUGUAAUUCCCCAUGUUUGGGGGGUAGUUUCUAUGUUUUUUAGUCUGUGUGCAUGUGGGGGUGGGAUAUGUAUGAAUUUGUAUUCUUACUAAGAACUUAGGAGAAAUGAAGGUCAGAAGAUACUAUUUUUUUCUAUAGUACUUGAAAAGUACCGUGCCUUCUGAAUAUUCCAUUUUAGACUCCUUAACUGGCCCUCUGUUGUAGAUACUGAUCCAGUCUGCUCAGCUUUUAGCAUAUCAAGGAAAUACUUCUGUAAGGAGUAAUCCAGUGACCCUUAGACAGGUAUUUCACAUUCCCAGCUCUGAGGUCAGAGAUGGGGCUCUGACUUUGAAGCUGGAUACCUCACUUCCCCUCAUAACUGGUGCAGAAAGAACCGUGCUGGCUGCCUCUCUAAAGGAACAUCAGGGAGAAAGAUAAAAAGGGGCAUUUCAGUGAGCAAGGAAGAGAGGACAGGCUACAAGCUAUGCUGAAGUCUCUCCAAGCUUCCUUUCCUCCAUUUCCAAAAUUAUUUCACUAGAUGGGCAAAUCCUGUCUAGCAAAACUGCGGGGAGAGAGGAAAGAAGCUGAAGAUAUUCUCAGCCACUCUUCUUUGCCCUACAUAGUAUGCUUGUAUGCCUCCAGGUUCAGGACUCUCAAGCACUGAGGCUACGUCCUAUAGGGUAGUGCCCUAAGUACACAAGUUUUUCUAGAAGUAUGAUGUUCUAGUACCUCUCUUGAAUGAGAAAUUGUUACUACCACUGAUUAAUAAUACGGUUUUUUUCUGUGUUGUUUAGUAUGUUUAUCAGUGUUGAGCUUUUCACCUUUUAAUUCAGAACCAAGAAAAAAAUUAUAUUGUGUUUUCAUCAGAACUUCAAAACAACUUUUUAGUUUAAUUCAACAUACCCUGUGUGCAGUUUGAUUUCCACGUGCAAGCAAUUUGAUCAAAAUAUCUUGCUGUUUACCUAUACCUUAAUAUUCAGAGUUAAUAUUCCAUUUUUCUUUAUUGCUUAUUGUGAGGGAUCGGAAUGUUAACAAAAAUAAGAAUAAUGUCAAAGUAUAGAGAGAAGAGCACUCC